AUGCUUCCUCUACCAAAGCUACGAAACCGUUGGGCUUUUGCACUACUUGGACUCACCUUUUUUUCUUUACUUUUUGGUCAUUGGUACCUGGGAAUCUCAAGUGCUUUCUUUCAUACUACACCUUCAGGCGGCGAAAUCGUCAAGGUCGCUGAGCCAGCUCCAGUUUCUCCUCCGGGGGCCAAAAACGAGGUCCUCAAGGAACCACCGCCGCCAGAGACCGCACCAAAGAAUGUUUUCGCACCAACGAAGAAUGCCGUCGUAAUGGCAAAGCUCCAAAAAGAGAACACAGAAUGGGUCCAUGAGCUUGCAGAUUGGGAACCAGUCAUAUAUAAAGUUGAUGAUCCUACCGCCAGGUUACAACCUCCAAAGAAUAAGGGAAAUGAGGCUAUGGUUUACUUGUCGUAUAUAAUCGACUUCUAUGAUAACCUCCCCCCAGUCAGCGCCUUUGUCCAUUCUCAUAAAGAUGGCUACCCAAAAGCAUGGCAUACCGACGCCGAAGGCUACUCUAAUGUUGUAUCGCUUAAAAAACUUCGUCUCGACACAGUUCUGGAGAGGGGUUAUGUUAACCUGCGAUGCAAUUGGAUUCCGGGUUGCCCGGAUGAAAUACAGCCGUUCCGGAAUACAGACGCAGAUAGAACAGCGGAGCACGACUAUAGCAUCGCAUGGAAAGCCAUGUUUGGAAAUUCUUCUACGAGUCCGCCGGUUCCAGAGACUGUGGGUGCUGCAUGUUGCGCACAAUUUGCUGUUAGUAGAGACCAGAUACUAGCGCGGACCAAGGCCGAAUAUGAGCAGUACCGGAAUUGGAUUUUAACCACACCCCUGGAUAAUGCAACCAGCGGGAGAAUCAUGGAGUAUAUGUGGCAUAUUAUCUUUGGCGAGUCUAAUGUUUUGUAA